CCCGCUUUUAGUGUAGCCAUUGAAACGUUUAGAUCACCAAGAUUAUACGAAAUUAAUUCACUUCCGGAUCAACAGACGAUAACAUUUCUUCUGGCAAACACAAGCAUCUGAAAACGAUGGUGAACACAUCUGCUCUUUGGUUUAUGGUGGUGGCGGCGAUGUGGGGAGGCACAAACCCUCUCAUCAAAAGGGGCAGUAAAGGUGUGGAAAACAUCAAGGAAAACAAUAGGAUAAAACAAUUUGUAUCCGAACUUAAAUUCCUUUUUUUUAACUGGAAGUAUUUGAUUCCAUUCGGCAUCAACCAAGGAGGAUCUGUUGUAUACUACCUAACACUGGCCACAGCAGAUUUAUCUUUGGCAGUCCCCAUCACAAAUUCCUUGACUUUUAUAUUUACAUCUAUAUCGGGAACUCUAUUGGGUGAGAAACCUCCAUCUUUAGAAACCUGUUUAGGUAUGGUACUAGUGGUGUGUGGGGUGUCACUCUGUGUGUUUGACAAAGUAUGAAUGGAUGUGAAUCAGAUCACCUCUUCCAGCACUACAUUAGAUAGUGGAACCCUACCUGUUCACACACAGUGAAACAGUUAAUGGAUCACGAUCUUAGAUCUUAACGAUCACAGUCAUGUGUACAUGGAAGCAUGCAUUGUUUUAACAUAUGGAGGAAUACAUUUGGAAUAUAAUGUAUGUUGGAGGAAAGGUGUCCGUGUUGAAAUAGCUAUGUAAUACAGGCUUGUAUUGGUUCAAUUGCAACACUAUAGUACUUACUGAUGUUGAGGAAUAAGUAAUACCGGUGGUAUAGUAACAUGCUGUCCAGUAUACUAACUGGAUUCAGGCAGACCAGCUGGUUUGCAUAACAUGGUAUAAGAUUCAUACUAAGUGUAGUAUGACUAAAGAUCAAGACAUAUACAAGGCAGAGUCCCAGUCUCCAAAAAGAUCAACCUUAUCAGCUAAUUCACGUGUAAUGCACGGAAUAGGAGUUUCUUACGUUGCUAGACCACAAAAAUACAACUCAAGGAUAAGGAAAUCUUAAAUGUAUGUGAAGCACAAUAUUAAAGAUUAUGUUCUGAU